AUGCCGACGAACGCGGCGCCAUUUGCGGCGGCGAACGCGGCGUCUUCCUCGGACGUAACACCGCAGAUUUUGGCCUUGGGACGAACGGAGGUGGCUGACGUGGCAGGCGUAGCUGACGUGGUUUGUUCCGAAACCGCCUUCGCUGCUAUAGACAUCGAAAGGUUGCCACGUGGCAUUCUACGAUUGACAGGCCCAUCUUUGCGCGCACGCUGGGUGGAUGAAAGGCAGGUCACAGCCUACAUUGAGGGCCCUCCUUCUAAUGUUGACCUCCUUAUUAGCCUCUUCGCUAUAGUCCCAGCAUCCGACCCACAGCCCACUUUCCCCCCUCUUCCACCCACUGCUGCUGCUGCUGUGAACAUGCCUGCUCCUCUUACUCCUGCUACUUUCUCUCCUCCUCGUACUCCCACUCCUCUCGCUCCUCUUGCUGCUCUGAAGGUAUCAGCAGCAGCAACUGCCCCGCCGUGCCCCACGUCCCCUCGUCUCCCCCCUCUCCACCCUCCCCACCACUCCCCUCGCCCCAACCUUCUCCUCAACGGCGAUUUCUCCCACCGCACUGCCAGCUGGCGGCCCAUGGGUGGCUGCGAGAUGCUGACGUGGCACGCGCCGUGCCCGUGGGGCUCUGUGAUUGGUGCACCGGUGGAGCCGUCCUCCCUGCCCGCCUCUCAUCCCUGCACCGUGUUUGAGCGGCGGCAGAUGCAGCUGCACGCACAGUGGCAGCAGCAGCAGCAGCAGCAGCAGAAACGGCAGCAGCAGCAGCAGCAGCAGCAGCAGAAAUGGCAGCAGGAGCAACACAAUUAUCCUGCGCAACAUGAUCUCAUGUCGUCAUAUGAUGGCCUGCCAUCAAGGCAUCCGCUUAUGCCUCUGCUCCAACCUGCAUCCUCGGUUCCCCUUGCUGGACGACCCACAUGUGCCUACGUGGAAGUGACAGGUAGGACUGCCACGUGGCAUGGGCCAGCUCAGGACAUCGCAGCAGCCAAUCAGAGUCCUGAAAGCAGCACUGCCUGGGCUGAUGACAGCGCUGACGGGGUGGAUGGGGAGUGGGCGAAUGCCGGGUCGGUGGAAGCUUCCGGGAAGGAGUGGGUGCGGUGCUGGGGGUCGUUUCGCCUGGAGAAGCCGUACGGGCGAGCAGUGCUGUACGUGCAGGGCCCGCCGCCAAGUGUCAGCAUCCUAUUGGCCGACGUGCGCGUGGUGCCUGUGGACUGGCGGGAGAGGGUGCCGUGGCUGCGAGAGCAAGCAGACAGGGGUGUGACUUGUGCUCCCAUGCCUCCACUCCACCCCUCCCACAACCCCUCCGCCCAACCACACCCCUUCUCCCUGCUCCACACUCCCUCACGUUUUUUUCUCUACACCUUCUCGCUCUUUGAUGUGCCCUCAUGUCCUCCCGCGCUGCUCCUCUCCCCCUGCCCCUCUCCCCCUGCCCCUCUCCCCUGCCCCUCUCCCCCUGCCCCUCUCCCCUGCCCUUCCCCCCCUGCCACCACACCCCCUCUCCUUCCCCCACCACACUCCCUUCCCCCCUGCCACCACGCCCUCUCUCCCCUUCCCACCACAACCCUUUACCCGUACCCACUCACUACCCUUCCCCACCCUCCCACAUCCCUCUUCAUCUCAUCAGCUGCGAAAGGGAUCCCUCCGGCUCCGCCUCCUCUUUGCCACCGGUACCCCCUCCCACAUAUCCUCUUCUUCCCUCUCCCACCCACCACACCUCCUUUUCCCUCACCCCCUAUCCCCCCCAUCAGCUUCGCAAGGGUUCGCUUCGUCUCCGCCUCCUCUCUGCCACCGGCCAGCCAAUCCCGAGUGCCCACGUGUCAGCCAAUCAGACGCGCCGCGCCUUCCCUCUGGGCACCUGCGUGA